AGGAAGGAGUGUUGGACAGUUUUGUAAUUCUACAUUUUGGGAUUUGAAUAUCACUUGGAAUUCAAAUGAUCCAGACUUCACACUAUGUUUCGAGCAGACGGUCCUAGUGUGGGUGCCAUGUGGGUUUCUGUUUUUGUUUGCUCCACUAGAAAUUUUCUACCUGCGUCAGAGUAUGGACAGACUAGUACCAUGGACCUUGCUCAACAUAUGCAAGCUGUUACUUCAACUAAUAUUUGUGCUUAUGGAAAAGAAGCGUGGAAUCCAGAGCUCGGGAUAUCUUUUCAUCUUCUGGCUAUUGCUGAUGGUGUGCGCUAUUCCAGAAUUUCGCACAAGUAUUAUACUUUACGAUAAAUCUGAUAAUCCAGAUGCCCUCAAGUUUGGAUUGUACAUGGUAUACUUUCCUUUGACUGUUGUGAUGAUGUUCUUAAAUUGCUUUGGUGAUGCUACCCCACAAUAUGUCAGCUUUCCCCGUGGUGAAAAACCAAGCCCAGAAAAUAAUGCAUCCUUCUUUAGUCGUAUCACAUUUGCAUGGGUGGAUCCCAUGAUAUGGAAAGGCUACAGAAAGCCUUUAGUACAAGCAGACAUGUGGGAUCUCACACAAGAAAAUGCAUCACGAAAGACUGUUGAGAAAUGGGACAAAAACUGGAAGAAAACUUUAGGAAAAGUUUAUAAAAAGCAUGGUUCUCAAUCAUGGGCUUCCUACUCAAACAAUGUAGUUCAUGUGGAAGUUCCGAAGCAUGAGGACCACAAGAAGAAGAAGCCUAUAUCAGUCUUGCCAACCAUGGUUCGCACAUUUGGCCCAACUUUUAUCUUUGGUGCUAUACUUAAGUUCACAUAUGAUGUGUUACAGUUUGUCAGCCCACAGAUCCUCAGCCUGAUAAUCGCUUUUACUGAAAGUGGGUCUAGUGAACAGCCAAAUUGGCGUGGCUAUUUUUAUGCUGUAGUGAUGCUGGUAUGUACACAGCUACAGUCCUUCAUUCUUGGCCAAUACUUCUUGAAGAUGUUCUUAGCUGGGCUUCAAAUUCGCACUGGAGUAAUCUCUGCUGUUUACCGCAAGGCUCUACGUAUUUCCAACUCUGCCAGAAAAGAAUCGACAGUUGGAGAAAUAGUUAACUUAAUGGCAGUAGAUGCACAACGCUUUAUGGACCUUACAACAUACAUCAACAUGCUGUGGUCAGCACCACUCCAGAUUGCUCUUGCAUUAUAUUUCUUGUGGCAAAUCCUAGGGCCCUCAGUACUUGCUGGACUUGCUGUUAUGAUAGUGCUCAUUCCUGUGAAUGGUGUUAUUGCUAAUAAAACCAAGCAACUUCAGUUGAGUCAGAUGAAGAAUAAGGAUCACCGUGUUAAGUUAAUGAACGAAAUUCUCAAUGGAAUAAAGGUAUUAAAAUUGUAUGCUUGGGAGCCAUCCUUUGAAGAACAAGUAUUGGAUGUGAGAGCCAAGGAAAUAAAGGUGUUGAAAAAGGCUGCAUACCUCAGUGCUGGUACAUCUUUCAUCUGGACCUGCACACCUUUUUUAGUGACACUGGUUAUGUUUACGACCUAUGUAUUGUCAGACUCGAACAAUAUUCUGACUGCACAGAUGAUUUUCACUUCUCUUUCACUGUUAAAUAUUCUACGAAUGCCCAUGACUAUGUUGCCAUUUCUUAUAGUGGCAGCAGUGCAGGUAUCUCUGGCCACUUUUGCAACCUAUAUUAAUUUGUCUGAAGAAAAUAUUUUGGAUGCAAAAACAGCAUUUGUCUCCCUGUCUUUGUUUAAUAUUCUACGGUUCCCGAUCUCUAUGUUACCUAUGCUUAUCUCCAGUAUGGUACAGGCAAGUGUUUCCUUGAAGAGACUUAACAAGUUCCUAAAUGCUGAUGAACUGGACCCCAACAGUGUAUCAAGGGACAGCAGUGAGAGUAAUCCUGUUAUAAUUAAGGAUGGCACAUUUGCAUGGGGCCAUGGUGAAGAGGAGGGAAAGCCAGUUUUGAAAAACAUCAACUUAAGUGUGGCUGAUGGUUCCUUGGUUGCUGUUGUAGGGAGUGUUGGUGCAGGCAAGUCCUCCCUCAUCUCAGCAAUCUUAGGAGAAAUGGAGAAGCAGUCUGGAAGAGUUAAUAUAAAGGGAAAUAUUGCUUAUGUGUCUCAGCAAGCUUGGAUUCAGAAUUCUACUUUAGAAAGCAACAUUUUAUUUAACAAUCAAAAGGAUGAUGACAGAUAUAACAGCUGUGUCCGAGCAUGUGCACUGGCAGCUGACCUGGAGAUGCUUCCUGCUGGAGAUCAGACAGAAAUUGGUGAAAAGGGCAUCAACCUGAGUGGUGGUCAGAAGCAGCGUGUCAGUCUUGCUCGUGCUGUAUAUGCUGAUACUGACAUCUACCUCCUUGAUGACCCUCUCAGUGCUGUGGACUCUCACGUGGGCAAGCAUAUAUUCGAACAAGUAAUUGGACCACAUGGAAUUCUGAAGAAAAAGACUCGGAUUUUGGUAACCCAUAGUGUAACAUACCUGCCGCAAGUUGACAAGAUUGUAGUUCUUAAAAAUGGAGUGGUAACAGAACAGGGAACCUACUUGGAACUUCUCGAAAAUAAAGGAGAAUUCCAAGAUUUCUUGCUUCAAUAUUUAUCAGAAAAAGAGGAGGAGGAGGAUGCACUGGAAGGUUUGGAGGACAUUAAAUUGCAGCUUGAAGAUAAACUUGGUCGUGACGUCCUUCAGCGACAGAUUUCCCGCAAGAGACAAGAAAGUGAGAGUGAAAGUGUGGAAUUUGAUAAAAAGUUUUGGCAACGUUUGUGGUGAUCGUCGCUGCCACUCCAAUAUUCAUCGUGGUCUUGAUCCCCACAAUGAUCAUAUACUACUUUGUACAAGUUCUGUAUGUUUCUACGUCACGGCAGCUAAAGCGAAUUGAAUCUGUGUCUCGCUCUCCUAUUUAUUCUCACUUUCAAGAAACUAUACAAGGAGCAUCAACCAUCCGUGCUUUUGGUAGAGAGCAUCAAUUUAUUGCGAACUCAGAGGCUAAAGUUGAUUUCAAUCUUCGUAGCUCUAAUCCAAGUGUCAUGGCUAACAGUAAUGUGACACAAACCCUAAACUGGUUGGUGCGUAUGACCUCGGAUGUAGAAACUAAUAUUGUGGCAGUGGAACGUAUUAAAGAGUACACUGAAGUUCAGCAAGAAGCUGCUUGGGAUGUUCCUAACAAAAAACCACACAAAGACUGGCCACAACAGGGAGUUGUCGUAUUCAAUAAAUAUUCUACACGUUAUCGUGAAGGGUUGGAUCUUGUUGUGAAGGACAUUUCAUUCCAUAUUAAUGGAGGAGAUAAAAUUGGAAUAGUAGGUCGAACAGGAGCUGGAAAGUCAUCGUUAACUUUAGGGCUCUUCCGCAUUAUUGAAGCUGCUGGUGGAAACAUCUCUAUUGAUGAUAUUUCUAUUGCAAGCAUAGGUCUCCAUGACCUUCGGGGCAAACUAACUAUCAUUCCACAGGAUCCUGUGCUCUUCAGUGGAACACUCCGCAUGAACCUUGAUCCCUUCAGUAUGUAUGAUGAUUCCAAUGUGUGGUCAGCUUUAGAACAUUCUCAUCUCAAGGAGUUUGUCUCUAGUCUAUCAAAUGGUUUGCAACAUGAAAUAUCAGAAGGUGGUGACAACUUAAGUGUUGGUCAAAGACAGCUCGUUUGUCUAGCUCGUGCUCUUCUCCGCAAAACACGUGUGCUUAUCUUGGAUGAGGCCACAGCUGCAGUUGACUUAGAGACAGAUGAUCUUAUUCAACAAACUAUAAGACGAGAGUUUUGUGAUUGUACUGUGCUCACUAUUGCUCACAGGCUUAAUACCAUCAUGGACUCAACAAGGGUGCUUGUUCUUGACAAAGGAGAGGUUAAGGAGUUUGACACACCUGCUGCGCUCUUGAAAAACAAAGCCUCUCUCUUCUAUGGAAUGGCUAAGGAUGCUGGACUAGUCUGAAUUCCCAAAGAACAAUGCACUGUAAAGUGAAAAGAAGCAUUUAUUUGUGCUUAAUAUUUGUAUGAAUGACUUUCUGCAACUUAAAUUGUAAUAGGCAUUUGUUAUAGUUAGACAUUGUGUGUGUCUUGAAGCUCUUUAAUUAAAAUUUAUGUCAGUGUGAUGGAAUGAACAGUACCUCUGUAUACAUAGAUGUUAAGGUUUCAAGAAAAAAUGGUAAAAGAGUACAAGAAAUCCUCGUUACUUGCGAGGGUUAUAUUCCUGGAAUAUGAUCUUUGUGUAGAACUUCCUUAUCCUUUCUUGAUUUUCAUGCAUACUUCAAAUGUAGGAAAUUGAUUGAUCCAUAUUUUGUCAUUAGGGUACAAGGGCCCAGUCUUGAUGCUGCUGUAUUCCAGUAGUGUCUGCAAUCCAGAGCAUGUGAAAAGAGGGUAUUUAUCACAAAGGUGGCAGUGUUUCAGUACAUACACAAACUUGUGGCCUGUAGUGAAACGGCACGUUAUAAUAAGGUAGUGGAAAUUAUCUGCCAUUGCACUUACCACCUUCACAGGGAUUUAUAUCAGAUUAUGAACUUUUGCUGAAGUUUGAAACAUCAGACCAGUGGCACUGUAUUGUACUUAUUUUUUUAAUUCUUAAGUUAGGAGGGUGGAAAUAUGAUGUGGGGCCUCUAUAACUCGGAAAUACUCAGUCAAUAGAUCGUGGAUGUGAAAUUGGCAUACAUUUACUUAACCGCAAAUAAAAUUUUGGUAAUAACAAACUCUAUGCACAACCUGUGGUUCAUCAUAAACUGGUAACAAUGUGAUGAUACAGUGGCAUCUGAGGUAUGAUACGAGGUGUUGGCAAUAAUAAGGCCAACAUCAACAUAUUAACUUCCAGGGUAAACACUAUGACAAUAAAAGAAUAAAAAAAGUCUUUUUUAUUUUUUUCAUUAUAUGUAAAGUUUUCAUUACUUUAUACAUACCUAAAUACUGUGUUGUUUUAAGGCAUUUUUUUUUCACCAUAGUGAAUAAUAGUAAGAAGUUAUUUAUGUAUGAGUAUUUUGCAUAUACAGCAUUGUAUAUUUUAAAGAAAAUUUGAAAUGAAUUUUUAACAAUAAAAUAUUUGAAUAUU